CUAGGGAGCAGAGGCUGUGAGGUGUGGGCUUGGGAACCCUGCAAGUGAUGCCUGACCGCUGUCUUCCUCCCACUGCAGAGCUCGCUGCCAUCUGCCCCAGAGAGUGGGUGGUAGGGAAAGAAGAGGGGCAUCAGGAGGAGGAGGAGGAAAAAGAACAAGGGGAGGAGGAGGAAGAGAAACAAGAGCAUAAUAAAAAUGAGGAGAAGGAACAAGGGGAGGAAGAAGAGGAAGAGGUGGAGGAAGAGGAGGACGCGGAGGAGGAGGCAGAGCAGGAGAAGCAGCAGUUCAGCAGCCAGCUGUGCCCAGGCCCGGAAGCGCUGCAGCAGGUGGCACUGCAGCAGGACGAUGGCAGGUCCUGUCAGGCCCAGUUGGUGGCCACCGCACAGACCCAUGGUGAGGAGCCCACGCCAGGGCCCAGGGGCACCUGGGACGUUGCCGCUUCAGCCACAGACGGCGAUCCUCCAGAGCGGAGCCCUGCUCACCCUGAGGAGCCCCCAGGAGAAGAGGCCCGGGCGGGGUCCUCCCCACAACCCCAGCUGCCUGAGAGUGAGAAACCCAUCAGGGCCCAGGCUUCGUUCUUCAUCCCUUUGUGGGGUUUUUCUACCUCACUGAGGAAAUGGACACCAUGCACCUUAAUUUGAUUGAAAGCCUUUCUGGAGAAGUGGGGCCAGGGCUCUGCCCCCACUGUUCCCCAUUCAGUCCCUGCCUCCCUGUCCCUCCUCUCCUCCCCGCUCCCUGUUACCUACCCCUAUAGGAGCAAGGGAAAUGCCACAAAUUUCCAGCUCAGUGGUUCCACUGCAUACCUCCCAGGCUCAGGGACAAAGUUUGAUCUCCUGUAUGUACAGAUAUUCCCCACCAUAAACAAAAAUGUU